AUGAGGAAUCCUGGGCAAUUCAUCCUCUACUUCCUCCUGGCUCUUUUACCUACUUGCACGAGCUUUUCCGAGGCGGGAAACGCGAGUCGAGCUCCUAGCGUCGCGCGCCUCGUCCGGGUCGACCCGUCCGGAGAGGGAGACUUCACGAAGAUACAGGACGCCAUCGACGCCGUGCAGUCGAACAACUUGGAGCUCGUCUUCAUACGGGUCGAGCCGGGGACUUACCGAGAGAAGAUCGUGGUCCCGGCGGACAAGCCUUUUGUGACCCUGAGCGGGAGGAGCGGGGACAUAUUCGGGUCGCCCACCGUUUCUGUCUUGGCUUCCGACUUCGUCGGCCGUUACCUCACGAUUCAGAAUACACACGGGCCGGGAGCGAAAGCGGUGGCGUUGAGGGUGUCGGGAGACAGGGCGGUAUUCUUGGCAUGCAGGAUCACGUCUCACCAAGACACAUUGCUCGACGACGCCGGAAGGCAUUACUACAGCAACUGCUACAUCGAAGGUGAUGUCGACUUCAUCUUCGGCGAUGCUGCUUCUCUCUUUGAGAAAUGCCAAGUGCAUUCGGUGUCGCAGGGAGGAGGGACCAUCACGGCCCAGCGCCGGGCGUCGCCGUCGGAGAACACGGGCUUCGUAUUCCUGGGCUGCACCAUCACGGGCCUCGCCGACACUUUCCUGGGCCGCCCGUGGGGCCCGUAUUCGAGGGUCGUCUUCGCCCUCUCUUACAUGUCCAGUGCCGUCCUCCCCCAGGGAUGGGAUGACUGGGGCGACCCAUCCAACCAGAGGACGGCCUACUAUGGGCAAUACAAAUGUUACGGACCAGGGGCUAACACGUCGAAAAGGGUUCCCUGGUCUCGCUUCCUUACCAGUGAGGAAGCGUCGCCCUUCUUGACGGCAGAUAUGGUCGACCGGAAAAGCUGGUUCAGAAAUGCUCCAUCUAUAUUCAACUGA